UUUUUGAAUUGAAACCGCGAGGAACCGGCGGAGACAGGUAGCUGAAAUCACCGUAAAAAAGAGUGGUUGCGUUUAAUGUGAAUGGCUAUUACUGUUUGGCAUUCAAAGCUAACUUUUGAAACCCAAUAGCCCUAUUCAACCUGAAUGCCAAACAACGUCUCUCUUUCUCUCCAAUGCCUCUGAAAAUGGUGGCACGCUCUCCCAUCUCUUUAAUCAUUUUUCUUCUGCUUCUCCCCUCAGAUCUCAGCAAUACCCCAGCAGCCACCGCGACCUCCUCAAAAGAGUACCUGAAGCUCCCACUACUCCACAAAACCCCAUUUCCAUCCCCGACCCAAACCAUUCUCUUCGACAUUCACCGCAUCUCUUAUCUCCACCGCCACCAACACCACAAAAACCCAAAGGGUAGCAUUAAGUCACCCGUUGUAUCCGGAGCUCCAUCAGGGUCCAGCCAGUACUUCGUGGAGCUCCGCCUAGGCUCCCCUCCUCAACCCCUUCUCCUCGUCGUUGACACCGGCAGUGACCUGCUCUGGGUCACGUGCUCCGCAUGCCGUCACAAUUGCUCCUUCUUCCACUCUCCAGGCUCCACAUUCUUAGCUCGCCAGUCCUCUUCCUUUGCCCCCCACCACUGCUUCGACCCAACAUGUCGCCUCGUCCCCCAUCCCGACCCGAACCCUUGCAACAGAACCCGACUCCACAGUCCUUGCCGUUACCAAUAUCUGUACUCCGAUGGCUCCACAACCAGAGGUUUCUUCUCCAAAGACACAACUACAUUGAACAUUAGCUCCGGGAGGGAAGCCAAGCUUGAGAAACUCUCUUUCGGGUGCGGGUUUCAGAUCUUGGGUCCAAGCGUCUCCGGUGCCAGCUUCAAUGGUGCUCAAGGGGUAAUGGGCUUAGGUCGUGGCCCUAUUUCCUUUGCCUCUCAGCUUGGCCGCCAUUUCGGCAACAAAUUCUCCUAUUGCCUCAUGGAUUACACCUUGUCGCCACCUCCAACCAGUUAUCUCAUCAUCGGCGAAGGUGGCGACGACGGAGACAAACAAAACGCCAUUUCAAGAAACCCCAAAAUGAGCUACACCCCAUUACUUAUCAACCCUUUAUCUCCCACAUUUUACUACAUAGGGAUCAAGAGUGUGAAAGUUAACAACGUCAAAUUACGGAUUGAUCCUUCUGUUUGGUCCCUCGACGAACUUGGCAAUGGCGGCACUAUCAUGGACUCUGGAACCACUUUAACUUUUUUACCUGAGCCGGCCUACGUUAAGAUUUUAACAGCGAUUAAACGAAGAGUAAGGCUGCCGAGUCCGGCAGAGUUAACUCCGGGUUUCGACUUGUGUUUCAAUGUGACAGGGGAGUCAAGGCAGAAGCUACCAAGGCUGAGUUUCGAACUAGCCGGUGGGUCGGUGUUAGAGCCGCCGCCGAGGAAUUAUUUCAUCGAGACGGAGGAAGACAUCAAGUGCUUUGCCGUCCAACCGUUUGGCAACGGAAUGGGGUUUUCGGUGAUAGGGAAUCUGAUGCAACAAGGGUUUUUGUUUGAGUUCGAUAGGGACAAGUCGCGGCUCGGUUUUUCUCGUCAUGGCUGCACCUCAUCUUAGACUUCCCGUCGUUGCUGGCUCACUGAGUCGACUCAUUUUGCAUUUUUCUUUUUUAAUUUCUUGAAUAUCCAUGUCUUUGUGAUAAGCAGGAGUAGUUUUAGCAAAAAAAAGUUUAAUAGUUUUAUUGUUGUUGAAAUAAGUAUAUUUAAUAAAUAUUUUUGGACAUUACGGGCGUUGUCUAUUGGAGAAA